AUGACCGAAAAUCUUGAUCGUGGCUUCUUCCAAGUAAGUGUAAUAUGAUUUAUGAGUUGAACUACUUUCUCUUAAUCGUUGGCAACGAAUGUCGGUGAUUAAGAUGUAGAUUGUUACUCAUUUUUGUCCAAAGUUAUCUGAAUUGAUCUCUAAUUGUCCGUAUUUUACCUAAAAUAAAACUUCUUAUCUGGUCUGACUUGUUUAACUUUCAGCAUCUUCUCGACAACAGUGCCACGGCCAAGAAGAACCCGGUCUUGCAAGUGCUGGAGUUGAGAAAAUAUGGAAGUGGGAAUGCGUCGAGUAACAGUGUUGCUUUCCGCGCUCGAAUGAGUGAUUCCCAAUUCACUUAUUCCAAUUGCAUUGGAUCUCCUGAAGUCUAUGAAGUUUUGGAGAAUCAAGGAGUACUGAACAGUCGUCCCAUCAUCCGGGUGAACAGCUAUACGAGUAAUGAUAAUAAGUGAGUGGUUUUUAUUGUUAAUUUUGGUGUUUAGGAUCAAGAAGUAAUUUGCUGCGGAAAUUUGCCUUAUAUCACUUUUUUGAUGGCAUGAUAUUCCUGAGGUCUUGAGGGGUCUUGGAGAAAUUUUGUGGGAGGUUUAAAAUAUUCUAGAUUACCUGUUAGACGAUAUAGUCUGAACGCCUUAAAUAAUAUAGAUUUUUUCUCUUAUCGUUUUUAUUUUUUUAGUGGAAAACGUCUUUUCUGCAUGGUGAACGUUGAAGUUUUGGAGGAUUCCGCUCAACAAGUUGGUCAACCCAUCCCCCAUUCCGGAAAUCCUAACGACUAUCGUGGAAUGGACACUAUGGAGAUCUCAACUGCAUCUUCCCCAUCUCGCAAACGAGUUGCAGCCUCUAUGAAUGCGACCACUCCAUCCAAGAAAGCAACUCCUCAAGGUGGAGUGUUUGGACAACGAGUCUUUGCCAUCAAAGACAUCAGUCCGUAUGUCAACAACUUCCUUCUUUGUGGACUGUGUCAGUCGAAGGAGCAGAUUAGACAAGUCAACACGAAAAGAGGCCCCUCCAACAUCUUGAACUUCACCUUGAUCGAUGAUGCGGGCUCUUCGAUUAGAAUCUCAGUUUGGGGAGAUCAGGCCACCCAAGUUGACCAGAUCUUAGAAGAAGGUCAGACUUAUUAUGUGAACUGUCAAGGAAGCGGAUGUGUGAGAGAAUCUAACAAAAGAUUCAAUGCCACUGGACAUCCAUAUGAACUGAGUUUGAAUAGCUCUUGCACGGUAAGUUUUUUAAAUUUUUUGUUGGUUUUUUAGGAAUGGUUUAAUGAAUACGACAUGAAGAAACUCGGGUUUUAAUUUUCAGCUCGAACCUUGCAUUGACAGAGUCGUGGCUCCAACUUCCAUCAAACUGAACCCAAUCCCAUUGUCGGACAUCAAAAUGCAUGCGAAUGAAUGUGUGGACCUUGUGGGAGUCAUUGACACGGUAGAUGAAGUCUCGACAGUCAAUGCGAAGGACGGAAGAACCCUCCACAAAAGAAAUGUUGGCCUCAUCGACGACUCGAAGACCCAAGUACAACUUACUUUAUGGGAAGAUGACGCCCAUUCCUUUGACUACCAGCCUGGAGAAGUUGUUUGCGUGAAAGGAGCGUCGGUCAGAGAAUUCAAUGGUGGUUUUUCGCUGAGCGUGUCCAAGGCCCAGACCCAGAUCUUCCCAUCGCCACCGGAAGAUUCGACCACGGAAUCCCUUCAGAAGUGGUUCAUUCAAGAAAGACCGAAUGCGGAAGUGGCGUCGAUCAGUGGAGGGGAUGCCGGAGGAUCUUUGGAAAGAGAUUUCAAGUCGAUUGGAGUGGUUCAAGCCUCUGGAAUGGCCAACAGCACUGCAUUGGAUGACAGAGGCAUCUACAUCAAUAUCAAGGCCAUGGUUAAUGGAGUCAAGACCGAAAAUGCGUUCUAUCAGGUAAUAAAGGAGGCUGAUGCGGGGUUAUAGAAGGAAAUUGGAGAGAAUUUUUAUGUUGUACAUGACAAGUAUAAUAUAAAAAUGGAUAUUUUUUUAUUUUUUAUUUUCUUUAAAUUGAAUUUGUAGUAAGAUUGUGUGUUUCAGAGCUGCAAGCAAUGCAGAAAGAAGGUGAAUGUGGUCGACAACACCAUCAAUUGUGACCGCUGUGGACCCGGAGUCGAGGCCAAGUAUGUGUACAUGCUGUCUCUGGAAGUCGCCGAUUUUACGGGUGUUUGUUGGCUUACCCUCUUUGACGAAGCUGCCCAAAGUCUCCUGCAGAUCAGCGCUGAUGAGCUGCAGCAAAUGUAUACUGAUGAUGUAGGUCAAGGGUUAUAUAAUUUCUUCUCAAUUUUUAGAGUCUUGGCUUUUAAAUAGAAAGACGAUGUAUUUUACUUUCAGAGAGAAUCCUACGACGCGGUAUUCGACAGAAUUCGCUUCAGCGAUUACAUUUUUAGAUGCAGAAUCAAGUAUGAAACGUUCAAUGUAAGUGGUUUUAAUGUUUGAAUUUGAUGUUUAGUGCAAGAUCAAAGCAUAAAAUGUUGAUUACAGGACCGCCAGAACCUCCGUUGGACCGCAAUGCAAGUGAACCCGGUGAAUUAUGACAGGUUGUGUGGAAUUUUCCAAAGAUCCCUCGAAAAAAUCGACCAACUUUAA